AUGUCGGCCUUCAACAGAGGUUACGCCGGAUCUGUCAAAGGAUUCUGGCUCCAGGCAGCCAUCACCCUGUGCUCAGCCUGGGCCUUCACCCUCUUCGGAUAUGACCAAGGCGUCCUGGGCGGUCUCAUUGCCCUCCCUACUUUCCUGUCAGCGAACCACAUCGAUCCCAAUGCUGCGGAUCUGCAAGGUACAGUCGUGGCGAUCUACGACAUCGGUUGUCUGACCGGAUGCAUCAUUUGCGGUUUCGUCGGCCAGCUGCUCGGUCGCCGCCUGUUCAUUGUGACUGGGGGAAUUCUUAUCUGUCUCGGAGCUGGUCUGCAAGCUGGAGCCCACGGUACCUCGUACCUGAUCUCGGGUCGUGUCAUUGCUGGCCUUGGUAUGGGCAUUAUCACCGUGAUGGUGCCAGUCUGGGUUGCCGAGACGGCCAAAGCAAAGACCCGAGGCGCCUUGAUCGCAGCUCAACUUUCAAUAGUCAUCCUGGGCCUGACAAUCGCCUACUGGUUUGACUACGGCAUGAUUCACAAUUACCCCAAUACAGAGGCUGUUUGGCGCUUGCCGAUCGCCUUCCAGGUCGUCUUUAUUUUGUUGACCUUCGCCAUGAUCUUCUUCCUCCCCGAGUCGCCUCGCUACCUUUACGCCAAUGGCCAGAUUGCCGACGCCGAUCAUAUCAUGGCUCGCAUCUACUCUGUCCCGAUUGACAGCGAGGUGGUGGCCAAGCAACGCUCCGAUGUGUUUGCGGCUCUCGAGGCAGAGAAAGAGUACAGCUUCAAUUUCAAGAACUUGUUUUACGACGACUCCCCGGUAAAUACGACAUGGCGACUGUGGCUUGGUGUCUUAGUUCAGUUCUUCCAACAAAUGGAUGGCAAUAAUAUUGUCUCAUACUACGCGACCUUUCUCUUCAUCCAUUCUCUCGGCAUGUCACAAAAUCAAGCUGCCAUUACAAGCGGUGGUGUUACAUUACUCUUCCUUGGUGGAACUUGCUCGACCAUAUGGACAAUGGAGAAGUUCGGCCGACGAUCCGUCAUGUUAUGGGGAGCCAUUUUCUGCUCUACAUUCAUGAUUCUGUUUACCAUCGGACUCGCCGUCAACAAUGACUCUUCCAACAAGCUUGCUGUGGUCAGCAUCUUCUUGUUCGAGUUUGUUUUUGGAGCUUCCUGGUGCGAUGCGCCAUGGAUCUAUGUUCCAGAAAUUGCACCUCUCCAUGUUCGUCAUGUUGGUACUUCUAUGGGUGUCUUCACCCAAUGGAUCAUCACAUUCAUCGUGGUCAAGUUUGGACCGAUGGGGAUUCAAGCCUCGGGGUGGAAAUUUUACCUGCUGUUCUGCGUGUUCAACGUCUUGGCCGUACCGUUCGUCUAUUUCUGUGUCAAGGAGACAAAGGGUCUGAGCUUGGAGGAGAUCGAUGUGCUCUUUGCGAAGAAAGAGUACAAACAUGUCUUGGAAGCGAGACUCCGAGGUGACCCUGAGGCAGGAGAAAAGGGUGGUGUUGAGGAGCAAGAGGAGGUCGCUCAGGAGACGUUCGAGAUGAAAUAG